AUGGGAGAAAUUUCGCUUAACACCCGCUACCUGAGCACCAACCGUGGAAUCAUCAAGAUUCUCCAAAUUGUUUGCGGUUUCAUCAUCUGCUCCUUACUAUGUGCCCAAUGGUAUGGCGGUAAAUCGUGUUUUGGUGAAGGUCGCCUCGGCUUCUGCUCCGGUCUCAAUUUCAUCGUUGUCAUCAUCAACAUUGUCCUGCUCGUACUCAAUUUCCUCAACAUCGGAGCAUGGGGACUAGAACGAAUCUACUCGGUGAUCUGCACGAUUUUGUUCUUGAUCGCUGCAGCUCUUAUUAUCUGGUUUAUCAUUGAAUACAAUACUUCUCGCUCGACUCUUAUCGCGAGUGCGGCACUGAUCGUCUGCGAAUUUUUCCUGUUCCUAUGGGACGUGAAGAUCCUUCAGGGCGAAGCAACUAACUGA